AUGUCCGUCUUCGAACUGCUCACGCCGCUGAACUGCGGGCUAGCAAUCGUCUUCCUCUUCUUCCUCAAGAACCUCACCACGUCCAAUGCUCGAUCACCACCCCCAUAUGUGCCACCUGAACCCAUCGUCCUCAAAGACUUCACACCAAAAGACCUCCUAGCAUUCGACGGCACCAACAACUCUAAGAUAUACAUGGGCGUAGGCGGAAAAGUGUACGAUGUCACGCGUGGGAAGGACUUUUACGGCCCGGGAGGUCCAUAUGCCAAUUUCGCGGGUCAUGAUGCGUCCCGCGGGUUGGCUAAGCACCGGUUUGAUGCGGAGAUGUUGGCGGAUUCGGAGGGUUUGAUUGAUAAGUUGGAGGAUUUGGAUGCUGAGGAGAGGGAGGCGCUGGCGGAGUGGGCGGCUAUGUUUGCGUCAAAAUACGAUCUUGUGGGAAGUUUGGUGGAGAAUGAGGGCGUCAAGACAGCAUGA